AUGGGAGAGCAAGGGUUAGCUGGACCUGAGCCAGGAAAAGGACACCAUUUAACCCAAGCUGGGAGCAGCGGGGACUUCUGGGAAAGGGCACAACAGGAGACUCUCGAUGAAGACAAUGCCAACCCAGACGCUCAGCGCCAGCACUUCAGGGAAUUUGGCUACCAGGAGGCCGAGGGGCCCCGAGAGGUUUGCAGCCAACUCUACAGUCUUUGCCGCCAGUGGCUGAAGCCAGAAAGGCACACCAAGGCCCAGAUGCUGGACCUGGUUGUUCUGGAGCAGUUCCUGGCUGUCCUCCCCCCGGAGAUGGAGAACUGGGUCAGGGAGUGCGGAGCGGAGACCAGUUCCCAGGCGGUGGCCCUGGCAGAAGGUUUCCUCCUGAGCCAGGAGGAGAAGAAGCAGGGAGAGGAGAAACAGGUGAGAGUUGUUUAAUCCUCGCAGGGCCAAAAGGUGGUGUCAGGUCUGGGGAAUUCUCUCUUCCCCCAAUGGCAGCAAGAAGAAGGGAGUUUAUUCAGUCAUCAUGGUGAGAGACAAAGAAAUCCAGUCAUUCCUCAAUAAUGGCUUUGCUCACACUGAGCUCCACCCCCUCCCUUUCUAGCAACAGCAUCUGUUUCUACGGUGUCUUCAGUGGUCAGCUGUCUCUGUGCCCUUUGUUCUUGCGCUCUUAACGAACGCCGAGUUCUAGGGGACGGGGGAUCAGCUGUGUUGUCCAGUGACAAUGUGUCAGCUGGCUCUGCCUCCCCUCCCACUUCUCCUAUCACCUCCCAACUCGUUUGUUCGUCUGCCUCUGUGCUGUGAUCUUCCUCAAAACCCUCCUGUAAUUCAGUGCUGCCAUCUUCUUCUCUGGAAGCUACAGGAGAAGGGUUGGGUGAUCUCCACCAUUCCUCCUCCUCUUCAGUCCAUUCCCUGACAGGUGGAUGGCAUGAUCCAUAGGAUUCUGAAACCCACACCUUUUGCCCUCCCUUUACCUGCCUCCUUCCUCUUCUAAUGCCUCGCCCUUCUUCUUCGUUCAGGUGGAGGGGUGGAGAGAAGUGGCCAGAGGUCCUCUCAAGGCAGAGAAGGACACCCUGGGCCCCAUGCAGAGGCCACAGUUCAGGUGGAUUGUGCUGGAGGGUGACGGAGGAGCUGCCUCGCCAGGUGAGGGUCCACAGGUGAUCUUGAAUUUCUCAGAUGUGCCAAUUGCUCUCCGUGUUCCCCUGGAGCUGGGAGGUGGGGCAGAAACAUUUGACUCUAUCUCCUCCCACAGUUCAUGAAGAUGUGCUCAUCUACAAAAGCUUUGCUUCCACUCAAAGAAAUGGACUGGAGCUUAAAAAACACACACACCUUAUUUAGCUCCAAUUCAUCACUUUGAAAGGAAGCAAGGCUGUGAUUUGAGGAGAGAGGGUUGUUUUUCUCACCAGGUGCUGAACUAUCAAAGGUGUCUGGAGGAGAAUGUAUUUCUUCCAUGGUUUGGUUUCUUGUAGAGCAGAUCCUCCUGGGGGCAGCCCCUAGGGUGGUUGGAUGGCACCUUGUCCGCCUCCUUCUGGCAACUCCUGCAGCCAAGCUGGUGCCCAAAGUCUUGCUCUGCUUUUGUUUAGACCACAUCAGUCUUCUUAUCUAGGCAGCCCCGGAUCACCACACACACUGCCCAGGCUUGUGUCUUGCAGACGUCACUUCAUUGUCUCUCAAAUCUGUCUAAUCCUCAGAAGAAGGCUAGCAAUGGCCAUUGGGGGCUUUGCUAGUAAGGUCCGGUGCCUCGAAUGGGCAGCUAACAGGGCCAAUAAUAAUAAUAAUAAUAAUAAUAAUAAUAAUAAUAAUAUUUUAUUUAUAUCCUGCCGUCCCCAGCUGAAGCCGGGCUCAGAGCGGCUAACAACAGUAAAAAUAGCACAAUUUACAUAAAACCACAGUCAACUAAUUAAAAUACAUUCUAAAAUCAAUUCAGAAUCAAAUUAAUGGCAACCGUUGGGCUAGAGUUCUAUGAGAAUUACAGAAGGAGAGAGGGGGUCAGGCUGUGCCCUGGCCAAAGGCCUGGUGGAACAGCUCUGUCUUGCAGGCCCUGCGGAAAGAUGUCAAGUCCCGCAGGGCCCUAGUCUCUUGUGACAGAGUGUUCCACCAGAUCGGGGCCACAGCCGAAAAAGCCCUGACUCUGGUGGAGGCCAGUCUAACUUCCCUGUGGCCCGGGACCUCCAAGAUGUUUUUGUUUGAAGACCGUAAGGUCCUCCGUGGGACAUACCAGGAGAGGCGGUCCCAUAGGUACGAGGGUCCUAGGCCAAGUAGGGCUUUAAAGGUUAAAACCAGCACCUUAAACCUGAUCCUGUACUCCACCGGGAGCCAGUGCAGCUGGUAGAGCUCCGGGUGAACGUGAUCCCGUGGCGAGGACCCCGUAAGGAGUCUCACUGCGGCAUUCUGCACCCGCUGGGUUUCUGGGUCAGUCUCAAGGGCAGCCUCAUCAUCCCAUCAUUUUUGUAUCCCUCCCAGGUGGCGAAAUGACCCUGGAGCGUCCUUCCGGCCCUUUUCCUCUUUGGGAUGGAGCAGAAGCGGUUCUUACCAAGCCCCCAAAUCAGGUGAGAGGAGAACGGUUCAAGAGAUUGGAGGCAGGGGCAGGCUGGGCGUCUCUGGGUUCCCCUUUUGAUCCUUCCACACCUGCCCAAUAGGAAGCCUUUCCAUGCUAAUACCUGUGUGUAUGGGAGGUGGCAAAUACGUUCUUCUUUCUUAUUUCAGGGCCCAGUGAUCUUUGAGGAGGUGGCUGUGCACUUCACGGAGGAGGAGUGGGCGCUGUUGGAUCUGGGCCAGAGAGCUCUGCACCGGGAAGUCAUGGAGGAGAUUUGUGGGAACCUGAGCUUUCUGGGUAAGGAUCACUCUUAGCUCUCUUCUGGUGUUUGAGGCAAACCUAUGUAGGGUAAUAGUGGGGGAGGGUCCACACCCACCCACCCACCCCUCACUCUGAGAUGAUUUGGCACUACACCAAAAAACCCUUCACCGCCUGUGAAGCCAUGAGCUGGGUUUCUUAAUGCGUGUUUUGCUAACCCCCUUUAUUUCUGCGGCCACCACAGAUAACAUUUUUUGGAAUUCUCCAGCCCUAGCAUAGAGGAAUGCUUGAAGAUGAGGUGGUGGACCCUCAUUCUUUUGAGGUUUCUAAACAGCGGUUGCGUGGCCGCCUCUCAGGGCCUUUUAAUUGUAAAUAAGGUGUUUUGCAAUAUGACCCUUCGGGCCCCUCUACCGGGUAUAGCUUCAGUCUUCGUUUAUCAUAGAAUCAUAGAGUUGGAAGAGACCACAAGGGCCAUCGAGUCCAACCCCCUGCCAAGCAGGAAACACCAUCAGAGCACUCCUGACAUAUGGUUGUCAAGCCUCUGCUUAAAGACCUCCAAAGAAGGAGACUCCACCACACUCCUUGGCAGCAAACUCCACUGUCGAACAGCUCUUACUGUCAGGAAGUUCUUCCUAAUGUUUAGGUGGAAUCUUCUUUCUUGUAGUUUGGAUCCAUUGCUCCGUGUCCGCUUCUCUGGAGCAGCAGAAAACAACCUUUCUCCCUACUCUAUAUGACAUCCCUUUAUAUAUUUGAACAUGGCCAUCACAUCACCCCUUAACCUCCUCUUCUCCAGGCUAAACAUGCCCAGCUCCCUUAGCCGUUCCUCAGAAGGCAUCGUUUCCAGGCCUUUGACCAUUUUGGUUGCCCUCCUCUGGACACGUUCCAGUUUGUCAGUGUCCUUCUUGAACUGUGGUGCCCAGAACUGGACACAGUACUCCAGGUGAGGUCUGACCAGAGCAGAAUACAAUGGCACUAUUACUUCCCUUGAUCUAGAUGCUAUACUCCUAUUGAUGAGGCCCAGAAUUGCAUUGGCUUUUUUAGCUGCCGCGUUUAUUUGUUUGUUUAUUACAGUGCACGCUUGGGUUGCGAACAUGAUCCAUGUGGGAGGCACUUCCACAACCCGCAGCAUUCACAACCUGCAGCGCCGCGUCUGCGCAUGCGUGGGUUGCGAUUCGGUGCUGCUGCGCAUGCGCGAAGCGCAAUUUAGCGCAUGCAUGAUGCCAAAACCCAGAAGUAACUCAUUCCGGUACUUCCGGGUUUUGACGCUUCCAUAACCUGAAAAAACACAACCUGAAGCGUCUGUAACCCGAGGUACAACGACAAGAAUGGCUACUAUACUUCUGCUCCCACGGUACUGAACUAGUCCUGCUUCACAUCCAACUCAAACUAAACGCAAACUUGCAGGGUGUCAGGCGUGGAGAGUACUCCUCUUCCAGUGUGAGCCAGUGUGGUGUAGUGGUUAAGAGUGGUAGACUCGUAAUCUGGUGAACCGGGUUUGCGUCUCCGCUCCUCCACCUGCAGCUGCUGGGUGACCUUGGGCCAGUCACACUUCUCUGAAGUCUCUCAGCCCCACUCACCCCACAGAGUGUUUGUUGUGGGGGAGGAAGGGAAAGGAGAAUGUUAGCCGCUUUGAGACUCCUUCGGGUAGUGAUAAAGCGGGAUAUCAAAUCCAAACUCCUCUUCUUCUUCUUCGGUAACUUCACAGAUAAGAAUUAAUGAGCAGUUCAUAGACCUAUAGUCCUUUUAUUACAGCAUCAUGCUGCAAGCACAAAACACACAUCUCUCCGCAAGGCUAGUCUGACUCCUCCCUUGCACUUCCCCAGCAACAUCCUGAGCGCCAACAGGAAGUUCCUCCCCCUCUCUGCCUUCUCUGAUAUGAUCAGACCUCCUAGAUUUUGGGGAGGGGGGUCCCCCUACACUCUCCAAUGGCGUAUCUGCUAGCUGAUCCUGCUCGUCUCUCAUUAUCUCGUAGCUAGGCAACUCCUGGGGAAUGUGUUCUGCGUCUGUAUCUCUCUCUGCUUCUGAAAACGCUGGAGGCAAGGAGGGAGCCAAUCUCCCCCCUCCUCUUCUGAGAGGAGCUGAUCUGCUUGUGAAUGCAUUCCCCAGUCCUCAUCUCCAGACCUUUCCCUGACAAGGGGUUGGACUAGAUGACCCUGUUAGGAUUCUUGCUCCGUGUUUGCAGUCAUGGGAUUGUUUUCUAUCACAUGACGGUGUAUGUUUUCAUUCCACAGGGUGGGAAGUGACAGAAACAGGAUGUUUUGAUGUUAAUAUGUUCCGUGAUGUAGGACUAUUGUACUUUGGUCUUUUUCUCUUUGCUGUCUGAUGAGAAAGAGGAAGGAGCUAAGUCAGAAUGCUCCGAGUGUAUUAUAUGUAAAUAAAGUGGAUUAGCUUCUGCUUUCCAGAUAGAAUUUCCCAGGUUUGGUCUCCAGCAUCUCCAGGUAGUCUGGGUGGGUCUGCUGCCUGAAACCCUGGAGAACUGUUGGCUGUGUACCAAUGAACUCACUCAGUAUAAGACACCUUCCUAUUUUCAGGAUCUGUGCACUGAAUGCAUUAUUCCUUCCGCGAUUCUAACAGUGUCCUUUUGAAAAGGGCUCAGAAUCCCUACUGAGACCUUCUAUCCCUAUACAGAAAGAUCUGAAGGGGAGCUGGUGCCUGUAAGUGGGUUUGGGGGGUGGGCCUUGCAUGCACAUAAAAGAGAAGCAGCUAAUUGGGCUUGUCCCUGAUGAGGUCGUUGGUUUCUGCCUUGCCAUCCUAACAGGAUUUCCUUUUCCUUUUGUUUCCCAAGCAGAAGGUGGUCAGUCCAGCGAGAAUUACGUGCAAUCAUCUGCGGAGUACGGAAUGUGGAAAGAGACAUUUGGAAACCAAAGGGGACCCAAAAUCAUCAGUCCGGAUAAGCAACAUUGUCAAAAUAAUAUAAGUAUCCAGACCGGGGAGAAACCGUACACAUGUGUUGAGUGUGGAAAGAGCUUCAGCAAUGGAGGAGACCUUGCUACACAUGAAAUAAUCCACAAGGGGAGAAACCGUAUAAAUGCGUAG